AUUUAUGACAAGAUGUUUUUGCUAAUAUCAGUUCACUUGCAACAAUGGUUUGGACUAAAUCCACUUACCUUCUCUCUUUUACCCUGAUUUUUGCUCACACAGCAGCUGUCUCGAUUAAGCAUCUUUCUAAAGGAAAUGUACCUGAUUCAGAUCUUGGGGAACAGAAGGAUAUUUCAGAAAUCAAUCUAGCUGCUGGCUUGGACCUCUUUCAAGGGGACAUCCUCUUGCAGAAGUCCAGGAAUGGCCUGCGAGAUCCCAACGCCAGGUGGAAAUUCCCCAUUCCUUACAUCCUGGCUGACAAUCUGGAGCUGAAUGCCAAAGGAGCCAUUCUCUAUGCCUUUGAAAUGUUCCGCCUCAAAUCCUGUGUGGAUUUCAAGCCCUACGAAGGAGAGGACUCGUAUAUCAUAUUUCAACAGUUUAGUGGAUGCUGGUCUUUGGUUGGCGACCAACAUGUGGGACAGAAUCUCUCCAUUGGCUCGGGGUGUGACUAUAAGGCCAUCAUUGAACAUGAAAUCCUGCAUGCCUUGGGAUUUUACCACGAGCAGUCAAGGACUGACCGGGAUGAUUAUGUGAACAUUUGGUGGGAUGAAAUUAUUCCAGGUUAUGAGCACAACUUUAACACCUAUGAUGAUGACUUCAUCACGGACCUCAAUACACCCUACGAUUAUGAAUCUCUGAUGCACUACGCACCUUUCUCAUUUAACAAGAAUGACAGCAUCCCAACCAUCACAGCCAAGAUUCCUGAGUUCGACUCCAUCAUCGGGCAGCGCCUGGAUUUCAGUGCCCUGGAUUUAGAGAGGCUGAACCGAAUGUACAAUUGCACCACACCUCAAACCCUUUUGGACCACUGUGCUUUUGAGAAGGCAAACAUCUGCGGGAUGAUUCAGGGCACCAGAGAUGACGCUGACUGGGUCCACGAGGACAGUGCUCAGGCUGGACAAGUGGACCACACGUUGCUGGGACGAUGCUCAGGUGCUGGCUACUUCAUGCGAUUUGACACCAGCUCAGGGGCCAAGGAAGAGGCGGCCCUCCUGGAGUCUCGGAUUCUCUACCCCAAGAGGAAGCAGCAGUGCCUGCAGUUUUUCUACAAAAUGACAGGAAGCCGGUCGGACAGACUCACCAUCUGGGUCAGGAGGGACGACAGCACGGGCAACGUGCGCAAGCUGGUCAAGGUGGAGACCUUGCAAGGAGAUGCUGACCAGGAUUGGAAAAUUGCCCAUGUGACACUAAAAGAGGAAAUGAAGUUUCGCUACCUUUUCCAGGGCACAAGGGGUGACCCUCAGAACUCCAAUGGGGGGAUUUACCUGGAUGACAUCACUCUGACAGAAACCCCCUGCCCCACCGGGGUUUGGACAAUACGGAAUUUCUCUCAGGUCCUUGGGAACACGAGCCCCGGGGAAAAGCUGCAGAGCCCUCGGUUCUACAAUUCCGAGGGAUAUGGUUUUGGCCUGACGCUCUACCCCAAUGGCAGAACAACCUCCAGCAGAUCCGGCUACCUGAGACUUGCUUUUCACUUGUGCAGCGGGGAGAAUGAUGCUCUCCUGGAGUGGCCAGCGGAAAACAGGCAGGCAGUAAUAACCAUACUCGACCAGGAGACCGAUGUCAGAAAUCGGAUGUCCUCGAGCAUGGUGUUCACCACCUCAACAUCUCAUACAUCUCCAGCAAUCAAUGAUUCUGUCGUCUGGGACAGGCCGUCCAGAGUGGGAUCCUAUUAUAACGACUGUGACUGUUUUAGAAGCCUCGACUGGGGAUGGGAUUAUUUUAUCUCCCACGAAAUGCUGAAAAAGAGAAGCUUCCUUAAAAAUGAUGACCUCAUCAUUUUUGUAGAUUUUCAAGAUAUCACCCACCUGAACCAAACUGAAGUUCCCACCGAAAGCAAAAGACGGAGCCACGAAGGCCUUGUUCUCCAAGGCCAGGAGCAGCAGGCCUCUGAAGCAGGUUCAGAGCAGGCUGUGUCAAUGGAAGCCCAACCCCAGGACCACCCCAGCAGGCAGAAGCGGUCAGUGGAGAACACAGGCCCCCUGGAGGACCACAACUGGCCACAGUACUUCAGAGACCCCUGUGACCCAAACCCUUGCCAAAAUGACGGCAUCUGUGUGAACGUGAAGGGGAUGGCGAGCUGCAGGUAGGCUCUGU